CUAUUUUUGCCUGCGUUCUUUUCGUUUUUCCACAGUUCACCUCCGCCCCUCUUCGCUCGACGGAGACCGAAGUAGACCAGAGAGCCGGCCAUGGAGAGGAAUCCCAAGAGAAACGGAACCAAAACUCCUAAACCACAAACCCUGCACAAGAUAAUCGCCAACAGUAAGCUCCAAAUCAACGAAGACGAUGCCUCAAGGUUAAUCGGGAGCAUAAUCGAGAAGGGCGUCUCUGAUGACCCUAAGAGCAAGCCAUUUGCCCCAAUUUCGGCGCCGAAGCCCAGCGUCCUUCCCUUCCCGGUCGCCCGUCACCGGUCUCACGGUCCUCACUGGGGUCCGACUGUGGCUCGAAGGAUUGAUGAUGAUGGUGAUGAUAGCGAUGAGGAUGAAGAAGAUAAAAAGAUGCUUGCGGCUGCUGAUAGAAUGGCAGCUUUUGCUGGUCCAGUGCAGAGAAAGGAGAGGAAGGGCAUGGCUUUAACCAACUGGAGAGAACUUGUUUCAUUUAAUGAUUCCUCGGACGCUAAGAGAAUCAAAGAGUCUUCUCAUGCUGAAGCCAGAGUGAGAACAAAUAAUAGAGAAGAUAUUAAUGCUGCAGAUAAGAGAAAUGCCCGACAAGAUUCAACGUCUCUUGAGCCUCUGAGUGGUACUAGCAAGACAAGUAAUAAUGAUUUGGGUUCUGAAGUUGGAACAUCGGUCGUCAAUAUGAAAUUAGAUAAUGCGGAUCAGGGAACUAAUCUGAAGACUGACAAAUGCUUUAGAAGAGAUUCAGAGCCUGUGAUAGUUGAUGACAAACAGAUUGAUGCCGAUGGAAUGGCGGUUGAUGAUGCCAGAAAUGGCCAGAGCAAUAUGUCCCUUGAGAGCCAGAUUGAUGCGGAGAAUGUGGCUCGAUUGCAUGGUAUGUCAUCUGAUGAAAUUGCUGAAGCUCAGGCUGAGAUCAUAGAUAAAUUGGAUCCAGCAUUAUUGGAGGCAUUAAAGAGGCGGGGCCUUGAGAAAUUGAAGAAGAAGAACAAUCUAAAUAGUGCAGGUUUGGCUUCAAGCAGUAAGCUGGGAAGUCCACCAGUUGAUACUGAGUCUAACAUUGAAGUUUCUUCCCAUUUGGAGAGUGCUGACUCUCAUUUUCUGACAUCUACUAGCACAAAGCCUAAUCACAGUUCCCAGGGCAUUACUGCUGCUGAGAACAAGGGACCCAUUGGAAGCAAUUUGUGGAAUGCUUGGAGUAAGAAAGUUGAGGGUGUAAGGAACUUGAGAUUUUCGUUGGAUGGGAAUGUUGUCAACAUUGAUACUAGUCCAGUACCUGAAACAAACUCUACUUCUGCUCAGAAUAGGCAGAGUGCAGACAAUGUUGCUGGACGGGACUUCUUACGAACUGAAGGAGACCCUGGGGCAGCAGGUUAUACAAUCAAAGAAGCAGUGGCGCUCUCAAGAAGUGUGGUUCCGGGACAACGGUCCUUGGCGCUUCACCUUCUUGCGUCAGUUCUUGAUAAAGCAAUAAACAAUGUUGCCCAGGAUCAACCAGGUCUUAAUCUAGCAAAAGUUACCCAAAGCAAUGACCAUUCCGUUGAUUGGAAAGCUGUUUGGGCAUUUGCACUUGGGCCAGAACCUGAGCUUGUUUUAUCAUUGAGGAUGGCGUUGGAUGAUAAUCACAACUCUGUAGUUUUAGCAUGUGCCAAAGUCAUCCAGUGCAUCCUCAGCUUUGAUUUAAAUGAGCAUUUCUUUGACAACUUGGAGAAUAUAGAUGUGCAUGGGAUGGAUGUAUAUACUGCUCCUGUAUUUCGGAGUAAACCAGAGAUUGAUGUUGGCUUCCUCCAUGCUGGGUUCUGGAAAUACAGCGCUAAAUCUUCUAAUCUUCUUCCAUUUGGAGAAACCUCUGAUGAGGACACUGAAGGAAAACAUACGAUUCAAGAUGAUGUGGUUGUUGCUGGACAAGAUUUCACAGCAGGUCUCAUUAGGAUGGGCAUACUACCGAGAAUUCGCUAUCUUUUGGAGAUGGACCCCACAUCACUUUUGGAAGAACGCCUGAUAUCUAUACUCGUUGCGAUAGCAAGGCACUCUCCAAUAGGUGCAAAUGCUAUCAUAGAGUGCCCAAGGCUUGUUCCAACUGUCGUCAAUAGAUUCAAUGCAACGAGCAACAUGGAAAUAAAUCAAUCUAAAAUUAGAUCUGUAACUCUUCUGAAGGUGUUGGCGAAAUCUGACAGGAGAGCUUGCAUAGAGUUCAUCAAUAAUGGAACCUUCAUAAUGAUGACUAAGCAUCUUUAUCAAUCUGCUCGGUCCCUAGACCAAUGGAUAAAGUCCGGAAAAGAGAGCUGCAGACUUUCCGCAGCCCUGAUGGUUGAGCAGUUACGUCUGUGGAAGGUCUGCAUAAGAUAUGGCUUUUGUUUGUCUAAUUUCACAGAUAUAUUCCCUUCCAUUUGCUUGUGGCUGUAUCCUCCUUCAAUAGAUAAACUUUUGGAAGUGCAAACUUUGCAAGAAUUUGCUUCGGUCUCUAAGGAGGCUUACCUUGUUCUCGGGGCUUUAGCAAGCAGACUUCCAGAGUUUCGUUUGCAAAUGCAUGAAAAAGAUCCAACGUUGCAAGGUAAUGGUGGUGACAGUAACUCUGAAACGUGGUCGUGGAGUUAUGUGGGUCCCAUGGUAGACCUGGGGCUGAAGUGGUUAACAUUGAAGAGUGAUGUACAAUUGUCUGAACUCUUUGAGCUUGGAGACGGAAGCAAGAAAGACUUGACUUUACAAGAUAAAUCCAUGUCUGCUUCUUUGUUGUGGGUUUAUUCUGCUGUCAUGCAAAUGCUCUCUGCUAUUCUCGAGAAAUUGGGUCCCAAAAACACAUCCAAUGGUGGGGCCCGACUUGCAUGGCUGCCUGAUUUUGUUCCCAGAAUUGGUCUAGAGCUUUUAAAGAAUGGCUUUUUGGGCUCUUUAUCUUCUGAUGAUUCUGUUAAUAAUGAAGCGGAUCAAACUCAAGGUGGGUCAUUCAUUGAGGGACUAUGCUAUUUGAGGCUAAGCAAUUCGGUGACCUCCUUAGCUUCUGUUUGUUGUCUUAAUGGGUUAAUUAGGGUGGCAGAGAUCCUCGACCGAUUGAUCUGUCUAGCCAAGGCUGGGGUGCCUACUUCUCUAACUGAGGGCCUGGAUCCUUCGAGAGAAGGGCAAAUUCUUGAGAAGGGAAUCCUCAAGGGGUGUAUACGUGAAAUAAGAAGCUCACUAGAUAUAUUUCUGAACUUGGUCACUUCAGAGUGGCAAUAUCUCCAGUCAAUUGAGACGAUUGGGAGAGGGGGUCCUGCUCCAGGAGUUGGAGUGGGUUGGGGUGCUUCUGGUGGAGGAUUUUGGUCAAUUAAUGUUCUAUUGGCACAAAAGGAUGCAGCUUUUCUCAUUUACUUGCUCAAAAUUACUGAUGUAGCCUUGGAUGAAGACCAAGCUCUUGUUUCUCAAAGAAUAAAUGCUGCCUUGGGAUCGUGUUUGGUCUUUGGUCCAACAGACAAGGCUAUUGUGGAGAAGGCAUUGGAUUUUCUGCUUCAAGUACCUGUACUUGGGUACCUGUCUAUCUGUAUCCAGCAGUUUGCUGGCCUUAACAGAUCAAAUAAGCUCGUGCUGGGGGAAUACAGAGAAGAGGACUUACUGCAGGCCAGUAAUCUAUUAUCUUCCCACUUUAGAAACCGAUGGUUGCGGGCAAAGAAGAAGGGCAGAGGUGCAGGUGGAAGUAAAGCCUCUGUUGUUAAAGCUCAUGAAAUCAAUACUUCUCUCGAAACCAUACAUGAGGACUUGGAAUUAAAUGAGAAUGCCGAUAAUUGUGACUAUGAUUCUUUGAUGAUGGAGUGGGCCUAUCAGAGACUGCCUCUUCCAGUCCACUGGUUUCUCAGUCCAAUCUCAACGAUAGAUUUUGCUAAACUCGGUGGCGAACGGAAGAGUUCGAGUGUAGUGGAUCUUGUCCAGGAACCUGCUGAUUUAUGCGAAGUUGCUAAAGCAGGACUGCUCUUUAUUCUUGGCAUUGAAGCAAUGUCACACACACAAUUAAUAAAUAUCUCCUCAGUUGUGACAAAUGUGCCACUAGUGUGGAAAUUCCAUUCCUUGUCCAUGAUCUUACUGACUGGGAUGGACGUGCUUGAAGACGAGAAGAGUCGGGUCCUUUAUGAAGCUCUACAGGAUCUGUUUGGGCAACUUCUUGACCAAGCAAGGUGCAGUGGAAGUGGUGUUGAGAUGGAAAAGAAAAAUGAUCGGGGGUUCUCUUUGAGGUUCCAGUUAGAAAUACAUGAUAGUUAUCCAACAUUUAUUGAGACUAUUGUGGAGCAGUUUGGUGCGGUAUCAUAUGGUGAUUUACUCUAUGGCCGUCAAGUCGCACUUUAUCUCCAUUGUCAUGUUGAAGCUUCUGUACGACUGGCUGCAUGGAAUGCUCUAUCUACUGCUCGGGUUUUCGAACUUCUGCCUCCUCUGGAGAAAAGUUUAGCUGCGCCUGAAGGCUAUCUUGAACCUGCUGAGGACAAUGAAGAAAUUCUGGAGGCAUACGUGAAGUCAUGGACAUCUGGUGCACUUGAUAGGGCCGCUACAAGAAGAUCAUUAGCAUUCACACUGUUCUUGCACCACACGUCAUCCUUCCUUUUCCUCAAUUACUCGACAGACAAAGUUUUGCUGCGAAACAAAUUAGUGAAGUCCCUUCUUCGAGAUUACUCCAGGAAGCAUCAACAUGAGGGUUUCAUGUUGGAUCUUAUACAAUACAACAGACCCCCUCCAAACUCAAUGGUGGAGCAAGAGGAUGUUGCAUUGCCUGUUAGUGAUGCUGCCACCGAGCAGAGAUUCCGCGUAGUCGCAGACGCCUGUGAAGGAAAUGCUUCCCUGCUUGCAGAAGUCGAAAAGCUGAGAUCUGCUCUUCUGAGAUAAUCUGUUCUGUCUUGAGCUAUAGGUUUGACAUGUAUAUACACAUGUGAAAACAGUGAUCUUUCAUCUCGUCUCUUCUUUUUAUUUGAUUCCCUUUUUUUCUUCUCUGAGAAGUGGGUGUAAGUUCUCUAAUCCCCGCAAAUUUUGUCAGAACGAACUCGCAAUAGAAACUCUCCUGAUGAAGUAAAGUGAAUAUGGCUUGCUAUUUGGAUCUCUUUGUUCUCAUGUUAUCAUUGUUCUUAACACUACAAUCAGGAUUUGAAUAGAAUCAGGUGAUCAGCUCGGAUUUGCUUGGAGUUACUGCACGAGAUAGGCUAGACCCAAAAAGUCAUUGCUGUUGGUGUUCAUUAGGGCUUGAAGAAGUUAGCAUCAAGGCCUUUAUCGAUCAGAUUCCAUAGCGCUGCGGCCACCAAAAAUGCCGAGAGGAUCAACCCGAGGCAACCAAUGACGGAGUUGAACCACCACGUAGCGCUUGCCCUCUGGGGCUUCCUGAUCCUCACCCACAUGAGGCAUGGGUAUGCAAAAGUCAACGGUGAGGUCAGGCCCCCGAUCAGGGGUGCAAGGCUCCCGAGAAAUGGGAAGGCAACGGAGAUGAGGUAUGCGAGCAGGCCAAACAAAAGGCGGAGGCAUGUGCGCGCUGAGAGGUUGCACCAGCGUUUGCCCGUGAUGCUGGUGUAGCGAAUCUCAAAGUUGUCGAACACAGGCAUUGCGUAGAUCUGGAACACACACAGGCUGUUAAGUAUUACCAGGACGAGGAUAAGGCCCAAGAGGAACUUGGACACGUGCUGCCUAUCCGAGUUUGAUAUUGCUCUCAACAUUCCUCCACUCGGUAUCUGAAAUCCGGAAAGGAAUGAAAUUGAUAUUAGGUAGCUGUUCGUAUCCCGUUAUUGUCAUCUAAGAAAUGAACUUUUAAACCUGAGAUUAGAUUGUGUCACUGAAAUUCCGACGUGAGAAAA